ACAAACCUUUUAUAAAUGCUCAGGGAAUAUUAUACGCACUUUUCUAAGAAUUGUGAUAUCUUCAGGUUUGUUGUUUCUUCUCCAUUUACCUUUUGAAUAUCAUCAGUUAUAAACUAAAUUGUUAUCUCAAAGAAAUUUAAAAUGUCUCACGCGGUUACAAGUGAUCGUAUACGACAGGACGACGAAAUGACUGCUCUUUCCAGUAUUUACAGCGAAAAUGAGUUCUCUUGCACCAGAAACGAGCAGAUAAAAUGUACAAUUAAUAUAUUUCUCGAACUUAAUAGGAAACUAGAAGUGAACUUCACUAACUGCUGCUCUUCCAACGCAAUCUCCGAUUCGAUCGUCUCAUGUGAUAAAAUUUUCGUCGGACACCUGCCACCGGUCAGAUUGUACACUCAACUUCCAAAUAUGUAUCCAUCUCGAAAGCCACCAAAUUUCUGUCUAUCUGUUAUCUGGCUGACCCCCUGGGAGAUAUCUUUCGUCUGCCAGAAAUUGGAUGAAAUAUGGGAAGAGAAUCAGGGCAGUGAGAUCUUGUUUCUAUGGCUAGAUUUUCUACAAAAUGAUCUUUUUAAUUUCCUCGGCAUACAAGAUUCUUUAGAUGUUUCCUUCAUGCACAUAAUUCGCACAACACCAGGUGAUCGUAUCACAUUCCACCUGGCACGCUUAGCUGAUCGCAGAGCUGUAAAUGGUGCUUUGUCUUUAGACAUCAAAAAAUUGUUAAUAUCUUACGACAGAGAACAGCAUAAGAAACAAUUUGAUAACAACUUUUACACUUGUUACAUAUGCUUCGAAGAAUAUAGAGGACUGCAUUGUAUAGAAUUGAAAAACUGUGGACAUGUUUACUGCAAAGACUGUAUUGAGGAACAUAUACGUAUUAAAAUUAACGAGCACAUUAAGAUUAUAUCGUGUCCAACGUUAGACUGCAGUUUCGAAAUAAACGAUAACGAUAUUAAAACUCUUUGUCCGAGCUUGUUUUCGCGAUAUGAAGAACUCUUGUUGCGAGUAACGUUAAACACUAUGGACGAUGUAAUAUAUUGCCCGAGAAUUUCAUGUCAAAAUCCAAUGAUUAAGGAUCCGAGUGAUACUGCACCAAUUUGUCCCAUUUGUAAUUAUUGCUUUUGCAUAUAUUGCUAUAAGUUGUACCAUGGAGCUGCGCCAUGCGAGAUAGCAUCAGAUGACAUUAAGAAGCUCAUUAAUGACUACAAGAAUAGUGAUGAUAAGAAAAGAAAGCUUUUGGAAAGGAAGUACGGUAGGCGACAAAUACAAUUAGUUGAAGAAACUCUUACAACUGAAUAUCUGCAGGAUAACACGAGAAGUUGUCCCAAGUGCCAUUCUCUCAUUAGCAAAAUUGAGGGGUGCAACAAAAUGACCUGUAAACAUUGUCAAUCUUGUUUUUGCUGGCUGUGUGGCCAGCAAAUUACUUUAAUGAAUGGAUAUGGACACUUUACCAGUGCCAACAGUCCGUGUUUCGGACGUUUGUUCGAGGGUGUAGAAGGUGACGGUUACGAUAAUUUCGAAAUAAUGGAGAAUGUAAUUUGGUUUGAAGUAAAUUUCGAUGAAGUAUUGGAAAAUUAAAUAGAAAAAAAGAAAAAUCCGAAUGUAAUUAGGAUCUUCAAUAUAUACAGUUAUUUGAUUGCUUUAUUGUUUAUAAUAUUACAAGGAUAUUAUGAGAGAAAAAAUAAUAUGAUGUUAUUAAUAUCGUUAAUCAUACAUCAUUAUAAUUUAUACUAUUAUCCAUAUCACAGAUUUAGUUUUUUUUAUUUUUUGCACAUAUUUAUUAAUUUUUCUAAAAAUCUCGUGAAUUCUAAAGAGAGUUCGUAUCUAUGUGAUAUAUACAUAUCUGUAUAUAAAGAUAUGUGAAUCUAUCUUAUAUACUUCCAAAAAAAAAAAUAUAUAUAUGUGUAUAUAUUUUUGUAUUUGGCAUAUAAAAAUCUAAUAAGAAUACCAUGUAAGUUGCAAAUAUAGCACUGAUCAAUCUUUUU